AGGGCGCGCAUGGGUCUUGGUGCGAGCUUCGGCACCUGAAGGUGCACGCGCACGGGGAGUCGGGUGUGUGGGUGCGCGUGUGCGAGGACGAGCCUGGGCUCGAACCAGCCAGAGAAAGCUGAAGGGACAGGAACCGGGGUGGCGGCUAAAGGGGGAGCAAGUGGGUUCGACAAUACUGCCACUAUGUAUUACUCGGAUACAGGUGAAUACUACUCGAUGCCAUAAGUGGACGUAUGCGAGCAAAGAAGAGGCCUCCUAGUUUUGAAGGAUCGAUGGAUAACAAUCCUCCACUGAGAUCAUCUGGAAGACAGGUCAAGAAGAAAACUUUUGAAACUGAGGAAGAGGAAGAGGGUUCUGAAAAAAAAUAUAGGAAGUGUGAAAAAGCUGGCUGCAGUGCAACAUAUCCUGUUUGUUUUGCAAGUGCUUCAGAGAGAUGUGCUAAAAAUGGUUAUACAUCACGCUGGUAUCAUUUAUCUUGUGGGGAACAUUUUUGCAAUGAAUGCUUUGAUCAUUGUUACAGAAGCCACAAAGAUGGAUAUGAGAAGUAUGCAACUUGGAAAAGAAUUUGGACCAGUAAUGGCAAAAGUGAACCUAGUCUGAAAGCAUUUAUGGCUGAUCAGCUGGUUCCUUACUGGGUACAGUGUACUAAGUCAGAUUGUGCAAAAUGGCGUCAGCUAACAAGGGAUGUCCAGAUGACGACAACAUCUGCAAAAACAUACCGUUGCGGCCUGAAAACCCAUACUACUGUUAAGAGUGAAAAUUCAGAUCCUUGCUCUUUGUCUGAAGACAUGCGAGUGAGUGAAGUUGGAGAUGGUAAGUGGUAUUCCAUGCUCAUUGUACCUCCACUGCUGAAGGACAGCCCAGCAGCUCCCUUUCUUGGUGCUUACUAUCCAGACUGUGUGGGUAUGAGUCCAUCCUGCAGCAACACAAAUCGUUUCCACAAUGAGUUCUCCAGUAUGAAGAUGAUUUCAUCAGAGCACAGUAAAAAAAAUGUGCAGUCACCAGUUGCAGGAAUGAGUCCUUACUUCCAACCUUUCUAUCAACCCAAUGAAUGUGGAAAAGCCCUUUGUGUGAGACCAGAUGUGAUGGAACUGGAUGAGUUGUAUGAGUUUCCUGAAUAUUCCCGGGAUCCUACAAUGUACUUAGCAUUGAGAAAUCUAAUUUUGGCUCUUUGGCAUAUUAAUUGCAAAGAGGUUCUUACUCCACAAAAGUGUGCAAACCAUAUAGUUGUUCGAGGGCUUGUUCGUAUUCGUUGUGUCCUGGAAGUGGAGAAGAUUUUAUAUUUUGUGACAAGAAAGGGCUUGGUCAACACUGGGAUCUUGGCUGUUAACUUAGAUCAUCCCCUUCUGCCCAGUUAUUAUCACAAGAAAAAUGUUAUUGUAAUUGGCGCUGGUGCAGCAGGCUUAGCAGCUGCACGACAACUGCAAAAUUUUGGAAUUAAGGUAAUGGUGCUGGAAGCCAGAGAUCGGAUUGGUGGACGUAUUUGGGAUGACCACUGUCUCGGUGUGACUGUAGGAAAAGGAGCACAGAUUGUUAAUGGCUGCAUAAACAACCCUAUAGCACUAAUGUGUGAGCAACUUGGAAGUAAGAUGCACAAAUUGGGGGAUAGGUGUGAUCUAAUUGAAGAAGGUGGAAGGGUGGUUGAUCCCACCAUAGACAAAUGCAUUGACUUCCAUUUCAAUGCAAUGCUGGAUGUUGUAGCAGAAUGGAGAAAAGACAAGAAACAAUUUCAAGAUGUGCCUCUUGGAGAAAAGAUUGAGGAGAUCUACCAAACUUUUAUUCAAGAAUCUGGAGUCCAGUUCAGUGAACUAGAAGCCAAAGUGCUGCAGUUUCAUCUUGGCAACCUUGAAUAUGCGUGUGGUAGCAACCUACAGCAGGUGUCUGCACGUUCCUGGGAUCACAAUGAGUUUUUUGCCCAGUUUGCAGGUGAUCAUACUCUCUUCACAUCAGGUUACUCUGCCAUCAUCAAUAAACUUGGCGAUGGUCUGGACAUUCGACUUAAUACUCCAGUGCAGACCAUUAAUUACUCAGGAGAUGACAUUCGCAUUGGGACAGCUAAUGGAAUGUUAUGGACAACUCAGAAGGUCUUGAUUACUGUUCCUCUAGCCCUUCUUCAGAAAAACACUAUUCAGUUUUAUCCAGCUCUAUCUGAACGGAAACUCAAGGCCAUCAACAGUCUAGGUCAAGGGGUAAUUGAAAAGAUUGCCCUACAGUUUCCAUACAAAUUUUGGCAGAAAAAAAUUCAAGGAGCGGACUUCUUUGGCCAUAUUCCUCCCAGUCCUAACAAACGAGGACUUUUUGGAGUAUUUUAUGAUAUGGAUCCACAAGGUGAGCAUUGUGUUCUGAUGUCUGUGAUCAGUGGAGAUGCAGUGGCCGUCGUUCGGGAUAUGCAAGAGCAGCAAGUGGCUGAAUUAUGUAUGAGCGUCCUCAGAGAACUGUUUAAAGAAGAGGAAGUUCCAGAUCCAGUCAGAUAUUUUGUUACACACUGGAGCAAGGACCCAUGGGCACAGAUGGCUUACAGCUUUAUAAAGGCAGGGGGAAGUGGUGAGGCCUAUGAUAUAAUCGCUGAAGAUAUACAAGGAAAAGUGUUUUUUGCUGGGGAGGCAACUAAUCGACACUUUCCACAAACGGUUACUGGGGCCUACCUGAGUGGAGUCAGAGAAGCGAGUAAAAUUGCUACAUUGUAAAAGAUGACUGUGAUUUAUAACUUAAGGCAAAAAGAAAAUGUACAUAGAGUCUACAUUUUUAAACAAAUUAUUGCUAAUUACUAUACAGGUCAAGUUUUAAAGAUCACUGAGAAAUUCUUGGCAAAACUGGUGUUUGAAUGUGCAAAAUGAAUAUCACUUUCAAACUGUCAGCAAAUAAGUGGCAAAGCUUCACAUGAAGACAUGGAAAACUAUACCAAUGCAAUACUCCAGUUCCAUUUAUAAAUGGUGUGGGCAAAGCUGCCUUCACACUAAUUUAUUUAAUAAAGUUACUGAGCAAAGCUCACAAUAUUAACAAAAGGUCACACUUGAGCGUCACCAGCUACUUCACAGGAUUUGAACUAUGCAUUUUAUUUUUUGUACAAUUAGCAUCUUUGAUUCUAACAUGUUAAAAUAGCUGCCACAGAAGCUGACCAGGGAGAGUUAGUUAAGGAAGCAUUCAAUGUUUGCAUUGUCUGAAUUCCAGCAGUUAAGAUUUGUGACCUGUUAAAAAUGCAGAAUACUAUUUUAAGAUAAAAUGUAAACUAAAGCUGGUUUCUCCCAUGACUUGGACAUACCAGUGUUGGACUGGGGUGUGCAGAGUUUUUUUUAAAAAAUCACAACACCAGAUUAUAGUCCAGCAGGUUUAUUUGGGCAUGCUACUCCAUCAGGACACCCACCUGAUAAAGGAGCAACACUCCAAAAGCUAGUGCUUCCAAAUAAACCUAUUGGACUAUAACCUGGAAUUGUGAUUUUUAAACUUGGUUUUUCCAGUAAGGCUUUUAAUUCUUAAAGCACCAACUUACCCAGCUGGGAUAAAUCCUCUUGCUUUGGAAAUGCUGAGUAGCAGUGUAAUGCAUCACAGACUCUGGACCAAGUCACAAUAUCAGAAUGAGGUAAAAUAUCUAGUUUCCCUCCCUAUUUGAAAAGCUCAAAUUGAGACAGAACUGUUUGGAAUGAUAGAUGAAUAGUUUCUUUCAUUAAAUAAAACUUGUGAUUGUGCAGUAAGUCUGACACUGCCGUUUCUCCUCAGUUAAUCUGGGCUAAUUAUUUUUGUAAAGUGUAUAGAAUGACAAAUGCAAGGAUAAUAAUCCUGCUUGAACAAGGUUAAAGUUCCUGUAUCUUUGAUUUUAUAUGGUAAAAUACAGGAUUUCUAGACCUGUAACUUAAAUCCUGUAUAUAAUUUGAUGUAAAUAUUUAGUUAAUGUUCAGAUCACCUGUCUGUGCAACCAAAUGAGUAAUGGUGUAGAGUCAAAUGCUGUUGAACAUGAGUUAUGCAAGAUCAAUAGGGUAGUUUUAUUUACAAAGCAGUGGACUAAAUUAGUCUCAAUAUAGUGACAAACAUCAUUUAAAACUCCAUCACUAAAAAAACUCAGGUAUUUUAACAGCUGUCCUCAUUCCACUGGUCAAUUACACUAGACUGAAACAAUACUAAGUCACCAAUGUAACUGCCUCAGCCUACUUGCUAUUUAACUUGUUGCAAAAUUCAAGCCAGUUGCAUCAGUACCAAAAAAAGUUAUGUUUACUAUCUGGCAUUGAGUUUUUCAGGACCACUUUAAAGCUGGGAUUAGUAAUACUCAAGUAAUUCCCAAUCUCCUGGGAAUACCAAUGAAUGAUACUUACAUUCAAUGUUGUACUGUUAUUUCUGCAUCUAGGUUUGAAUGUCAUUGUAUAUCAUUAUGUAGCAGAAUAACAAACAGUGUCCUUUUGGUAGAUGAAAGGUACAUUUGGUCUCAGUUUCAAUACUAAAAUUUGAUUUGUUGAGAUUGUUUAAUUCAAUGAUUGAUUAGUCAAUUGUGCUUAAAACCCAGAGUAGACUGAACAAAAAUACCAUCAGGAGGAGUAUUCUUGUACUGUGAUAACAUUUAAAUCAUUAAUACAACUUAAUUUAUGUUUUGAGUAUUUGUUUAUCAUUUUAAAUGCCCUUGCAGUAAGAUGGAAGUUCUACUUUUUCCAUUAGAAAGAUUACUUUCUGUAAAGCAUUAAUAAUUUUGAUCAUUCAGUUGUUAAUCAAAAAGGUGCUCAAGUAAAAUUAAAACAUGA